AUAGAUCAUGGGUUGCCCUUAAAUUCAAAAAGUGAUCUUGGGCAUAAAAAGGGUUGGAGAUCACUGCCCUACACUAACCAGUCCCCUCCCUGCCUUUCCACUCGCACGAGAAGCUACCUACUGAUCAUUCCCAUUCCCAUCCCCUGCCCCAGCCCAUGCCAGCCCUCCGGGGCUCCCUAGCCCUACCAUGCGCCCACAGCUCCCCGCCCUGAUCAUGAAUAUGCAGAAGAAGGUGGCUCUGAACUCUCCAGCAUGCCCCGAUUAAAUGGCCAGCCCUGCCCAUCGUGCAUUGCAAAGGGAGACUCCAUUUCCCAGAGUCCCUUGCAACGGCGAUUGCACUAAACGUGGGACAGGCUCCCACCCCCAGCCCGUUCCCACCCCCUUAGUCCCCAGGGCUGCUGGGGCAGGAACUGUGGCUGCAGCAGCAGACACCGGCAGCUCCCUGGUGGUUCCCCCUUGGGGGCUUGGCCGCUCUGCAAAGACGUCAUGCAGGAGAAUGACAAGACCUUGAUCUCGCUGGCAGGGAACGAGCCCCGGCUGGAUUCUCUUUCUCUCCCAGCAGGUUCCAGGACCAGGAAGAGGAAUCCCCAGCAAGAAGAGCCUGUGGGGGAGGAGCUGCAAGGGAUGCCCCACAGCCCUGAGCAGGGAGACGCUGGCCAAAGCCAGGGAAGGAGAGGACAGCAGCAGGGAAAGACAGAGGGAGAACCCACUGAUGAAGAAUGUUCUAAGAAGCUCCUUGGCUUGCAAAGAAUCUGCACAGCAGAGAGACCCUAUAAAUGCCCCGAAUGCGGGAAAAGCUUCACCCAGAGCUCUAUGCUCAUCCGCCACGAGAGAUCCCACACGGGAGAAAAACCCUACACGUGCUCUGUCUGCGGGAAGAGUUUUAGUCAGAGGUCCAAUCACAUGCAGCAUCAGAGGAUCCACACGGGGGAGCGACCCUAUAAAUGCACUGACUGUGGGAAGAGCUUCUCUCUGAGCUCCCGCCUACUCCAGCAUCAGAUGGUCCAUACUGGAGAGCGGCCUUACAAAUGCCCUGACUGUGGGAAGAGCUUCAACCAGAAGUCCAACCUGAAGCAGCACCAGAGAAUCCACACAGGGGAGCGACCCUACCAACGCCCUGAUUAUGGAGAAAGCCACUCUCUCAGCCCACCCCAGGGGAUCCAUAAAGUAGAGAGACCCUAUAAGUGUCCCCAAUGUGGAAAAUGCUUCCGUGUGAGCUCACACCUUAUUAGACACCAAGUCACCCACACGGGAGAGCGACCCUAUAAAUGCUCCGUCUGCGGGAGAAGCUUCUCACUGAGUUCUCACCUCAUCCGGCACCGGAUAGUCCACACAGAGGAUAAACCCUACAUCUGCACUGAGUGUGGGAAGAAGUUUAGCCUGAGCUCCAGGCUCGAUAGACACCUGAGAACCCACACGGGAGAGAGACCCUAUAAAUGCCCCAACUGCGGGAGUGGCUUCGUCGACAGCUCUGCUCUUAUUAAGCACCAGAGGAUUCACACUGGGGAGCGACCCUAUACCUGCCCUGAAUGUGGGAAGAGCUUUGGUCGGAGCUCGUACCUUAUCACCCAUCAGAGAACUCAUACGGGAGAGAGACCCUAUAAAUGCCCCGACUGCGGGAAAAGCUUUGUCGGCAGCUCUGAUCUGAAUAAACACCAGCGCACCCACACGGGAGAGCGCCCCUAUAACUGCCCUGAAUGUGGGAAGAGCUUCAGCCGGAGCUCAAACCUUAUUGCCCAUCAGAGAAUCCACACGGGGGAGAGAGCGAAUACGUGCCCUGAGUGCGGGAAAAACUUCUCUUGGAGCUCCCGGCUCCUCCGACACCAGAGAUCCCACACCGGGGAGCGCCCCUACCGGUGCCCUGACUGUGGGAAGGGCUUCAGCGAGAGCUCGGCCCUGAUCCAGCACCAGCGCACCCACACCGGGGAGCGUCCUUACAGCUGCAGCGUGUGCGGGAAGAGUUUCGGCCUGAGCUCCCACCUGAUCCGCCACCAGCGCACCCACACGGGGGAGCGCCCCUACCAAUGCCCUGACUGCGGGAAGGGCUUCCUGCGGCGCUCCCAGCUCACCCUGCACUGCCGGACCCACACAGGAGAGAGACCCUAUCAAUGCCCUGACUGCGGGAAGGGCUUCAACGAGAUCCCCAACCUGCACCGGCACCAGCGCAGCCACACGGGGGAGCGGCCCUAUAAAUGCUCCGACUGCGGGAAGGGCUUUGCUCAGAGCUGCCACCUCCUGCAGCACCAGCGCACCCACACCGGGGAGCGGCCCUACAGGUGCCCCUGCGGGAGGGGGUUUGUCCGGAGCUCCCAGCUGAUCCGGCACCGGACGGUUCAUACAGGGGAGAAACCAUACAAAUGUCCCAUCUGCGGGAAAUGCUUCACUCAAGGAUCCACCCUGACCAGCCACCUGCGGAUCCACAGUGGGGAGAGACCCUUCAAAUGCCCCCAGUGCGGGAAGAGCUUUGUUCGGCGCUCCCACCUUAUUACACACCGGAGAACCCAUACAGCAUAGAACGCCAUGCACCCCCCACACACACACCUCCAUACAUGUCCCAGCCCUGGGGUGUGUAUUAGCCAUGGUUCAUCCCUUAUAACGCCCCUUAAAACCCACACAUGUGGCUCCUUUCAUACAUGUUCCCUCCUGUGCAGAGGUACAACAAAGGCGAGUUAAACAUUUUUAGGGGCCUCGUUUAUUUCAACAACCGCUUGGAUAUAAUCCCUUGAUUUCCAGCCAGACUGCUCGUGCCUUUUUGAUCCAUGUGAGUGUGUGGGGGAGGGGAGGGUUCAGAGCUAACCACGGGGUUCAGAUGCCCUCUCUAUUAAUUUUAAUGGGGAUUGGAUCGCCCAGUCCCUUAGUGCAUAAAAGGUGGCAAUAAGGCAUACAUUUUUAACAGAGUAAUUAACCAAUGGAACAAUUUACCAUGGGGCAUGGUGGAUUCUCCAUCCCUGGCAAUUUUUAAAUCAGGAGUGGAGGCUUUCCUACAAGCUCUGCUCUAGGAAUAAUUUGGAGGGAGUUCUCUGGUCUGUGCCAUACAGGAGGUCAGACUAGAUCAGUAGUUUCCAGACUGUGGGUCGCAACGCGGUUCUGGGUCGUGGAAUGUCAGGCGCUGGGUCGUGGCGGCUCUGGUCAGCAUCGGCGACCCGGGCCGUUAAAAGUCCCACCGGCGGUGCUGCCUGGCUAAGGCAGGCUAGUCCCUACCUGUUCCGACACUGCACUGCGCCCCAGAAGCAGCCAGCAGCAGGUCCGGCUCCUAGGCAGGGGGCCACAGGGCUCUGUGCGCUGCCCCCACCCCAAGCACCGGCUCCGCACCGGCCAAUGGGAGCUGUCGGGGGCGGUGCCUGCGUGCGAGAGCUGCAUGGAGCCCCUUGCGCCCCACCGCGUAGGAGCCGGACUUGCUGCUGGCUGCUUCCAGGGUGCAGCACGGUUCGUGGUGCCAGGACAGGCACGAAGCUUGCCUCAGCACCCCUGCUGUGUCGCUGAUCGGGAGCCGUCUGAGGUAGGCCCACGCCCCAAUCCCUUGCCCCAGCCCUAGAUGCUAUGUAUCUAUUGAACAGACUGUAAGCUCUUUGAGGUAGGGACUGCCUCCAUGGUCAGUACUCCUGGACCAACAGGGGACACCGAUCACAACCUCUGCCUUCUACCAGGCUGCAUGUAAUAAAGACAACCUCCACAGGCAA